AUGGCGAAGAAGAAGGCGAAGGCACCGAUAGAUGAAAAAGCCGAUAGACUGCAGCGGUUGAAGGAAUCAAGACGAAAACUUGAGAACAGAUUCUGCGUUCGAAUUUCUAGCGCCGCUUUUGAAUUCGCCGUUGAUGGCCUCAAGACCUUCCACCCCCAACUCAUCUCUGAUGAAGCCUCUCCUUGGAAGCCCAUAGAAAUUUUGGCCCGAGCAUGUAAGCUGGUGGUCGAGAGAUUCAAAAAUUGUGCGUAUGAGCGCGAUUUCUAUGAGAACGCAUACCGAUUGCGUUGGGCCCUUGUUGAAAUAGUCGAAAUGUGCGAUAAAAUCGAUUGGUAUUCCAAGUCAUGGGUGGAUCGUUUGAGGUGGGACCGUGAUUCGGCCUCGAUUUUCAUGGGCGAGUUUUUAACUAGAUGGGAGGUUGUUCUAAAGUCACCACCUAGAGACGAACUGAUUUAUGCUUUCGAGCGUCACUUGACAGUCAGUCAAGUUGAUGUUGCUCAGGUGGUGAGCACCCUGACUGAUGUCCCGCCUACUGUAAUUUUGCCGUCUAUUGACCACCACCAGAAGGCGAUUUAUAUGACGUGUCGGGGUCUGUUGGAACAAAACAGCACGAUUCAUGAAAUUUACGCAACAUUGGUCUCCACAAGGCGAGGCAGUAAUAACCUCCCGAGGGGUUCUUUUCUCUUACUGGGCCCCACGGGAGCUGGUAAGACCGAUAUUGCCAGGGCCGUUGCCGAGCAUUGGUACUGUGAUGCGAGCAGGCUUGUAGAGAUUGACUUAUCAGAUUAUGAUGUAGAGGAAACAGCUGAAUGUUCGACGGAGAAGCAUGAGGACUUUUGGGGCCGCCUUACGGGAGUUGUGGCAAGACGUCCUUACUCGGUGAUUGUUAUAGACAAGAUCGAGAAGGCCUCUCCUUCUGUUAUGAGGGUUCUUCUCGAGCUUUUGCGUGGUGAAGCUCAGGCAAGUGGUGUUGUCGACUUCUCUAAUUCGGUCAUCUUCAUGACGUCAGGUGUGGGGUCUGAUCAGCUUGAUUUGAGAUGUGUGUGCCAUAAAGCAAACGAAGAUCUGUGGAACCAAUUCUUGAGCAAUCAGUACAUAUUCCGUAAGACUCACGAUUGCGUUUUAAAAGGCAGUGGUCCCGAAAGAGCGCUUGCCGAGGCAAAAAAGUUGUUGGGCACUGAUCUGUUAGAUUCGGUUGAUAAAGUUAUUAUUUUCAAGAGGUUUACGAAUUACAUGAGUGUUCUGAGGGUGCUUCUGAGGAAAAUUGUUAGCCAACUCUUUGGAGACAAAAGACUCAUUGUGCAUGCCUCUAAUGAAGUGCUAAGUUUUUUAUUCCAUGAGGCUCUACAAAAGUUUGGUGAAGGUGGAAAGGCUUUAGAAAAAGUUUUGCAUGAGCACAUUGUUCCAUGGCUAACAGCCGUAAAUGACCUUAAAACAGAUGUGGUGGUGCGGGUUGAUAAAUUUGUUGGGGAACGUGAACUAUUGUUUAGCUUCCAAGAACAAGAAACAUGUGCGGAUGAUUGGUACUUCAAGUUCAAGGACGGGACCUUUGAUAAAGCGGCUGGCAAUGUAAGGAUGAAAGUGGAAUCCAUGCACCAGAUAUUCAAGUCUAUAAGGGAGUACAAGCGGUUGUUGCAAUGCAGAAAUGGCAAGCGUGAUUCGGGUCGUCUGUUUAUGGAUAUUUGUGAUGAGAUCCUAAGAUGGACCCCAUUUCGUGAGCGACAACCAUUUCAUAAUCUUUAUUGGAAUUUGUGA